GGUCGCUGCAUUCCGGGCAUAGCAGCGCCCGGGGCCGGCCCCCGCUGCCGGCGGGACGCCCAGAGCCGCCGCCGCGCUCCCCGGGCAGCACCGCCGCCGCCCCGCUCCGCCAUGCCCCGGUGCCUUGGUGUGGCCGACUGCUGCUAGGGUCCCCAGGGACGCCCUUCUCGGGUGGAAACGUGGCUUUGCCGACAGUACGGGCGGAGAUGAGGACAGCGGAGGACUCCAAUGGGACGGUCCUGCACCGCCUGAUCCAGGAGCAGCUGCGCUAUGGGAACCUCACAGAGAACCGCACUCUACUGGCCAUCCAGCAGCAGGCCCUGCGUGGCGGUGGUGGUGCUGGUGGUGCCGGCAGCCCCCGCUCUUCCCUGGAGAGCCUCAGCCCGGAGGAGAGCCAAAUGGUGCAGCAGUCCACGCGGCAGGAGCCCCAGGGCCAGGAGCACCACUCUGACCAUGCGUACUUGGAGAACAGCAUCUAUCAGAUCUGCCAGCCCCAGCACAAGGGCGAGGAGCUCCCGACCUAUGAGGAGGCCAAGGCGCAUUCCCAGUACUAUGCCUCACAGCGGGGUGGGCAGCAGCCCAGAGGGGCCAGCCCAGGAAUUCGGGGUGAAAACGGUCUACGCGGGGCCGAGAGCGGUGCCCGAUGUACUGACGAGGGGCUGAAGGACCUGAAGCACGGCCACGUGCGGUCGCUGAGCGAGCGGCUGAUGCGGAUGUCGCUGGAGAGAAACGGAGCCAAAACGCAGAGCCCCAUCAGCGCCUCCCACAGCUACCCCCAGCUCUCCCGCCACCACCAGCUUGCUGCUCUGCGAGGGCAGCACCUCGAGGAGCCAGAGCCACGGGGACCCCCCCCAGACUAUCCCUACAUCAUCCCUUCCCAGGAUGCUUACCUGGCUGAACCUCGACCCUGCUCCCGGGAAGGUCCUGGAUUUCAGCAUCCCGAAAUCAGGGUGCUGCCCACCCAUGUCCCCACUGCUUUCCUGCCGCCGCCGGGCACCCUGUGUCCCAGCACGCUGGGUCCCACCAGUGUGGAGGCACUGGUGAGUGCCCAGGCAGUCUCAGCUGGCAGCCGCCUGGCCCGGGCAGAUGCAGUCCUGCGGGAAAAUGAGAGGCUUCAGCGGGAAAGUGAGAAGCUGCGGCGGGAGCUGGAGAGCUGCGCUGAGAAGGCGAGCCGCAUCCAGAAGCUGGAGAGCGAGAUCCAGCGCAUCUCGGAGGAUUACGAAAACCUUGUCAAGGCGUCUUCCAAGCGGGAAGCCUUGGAGAAAGCCAUGAGGAACAAAAGAGAUGGCGAGAUGCGGCGGCUCCAGGACUUCAACCGGGACCUGAAAGAGCGGUUGGAAUCAGCGAACAAGCAGCUGGCCAGCAAGACCCAGGAAAGCCAGGAGAGCAACCAGGGCAGUGUGGCCAAACUCCUGGCACAGAGCUAUGAGCACCAGCAGGAGAAGGAGAAGCUGGAGCGGGAGGUCUCCCUGCUGCGCAGCGCCAACGAGGACCAGCGGCGGCGGGCAGAGCUGCUGGAGCAGGCGUUGAGCAGCGCCCAGGCGCGGGCGGCCAAGGCAGAGGCUGAACUGCGGAAGAAGCGGGCCUACGUGGAGAAGGUGGAGCGCCUGCAGGCAGCCCUGGGCCAGCUCCAGGCCGCCUGUGAGAAGCGGGAGCAGCUCGAGCUGCGGCUCCGCACCCGCCUGGAGCAGGAGCUGAAGAUGCUGCGGGCUCAGCAGAGGCAGGCGGGUGCCGCAGGUGGGGGGAUGCCAGAGCUGAGUGCCCACACACUCUCUGAGCAGCUGAGGGAAAAGGAGGAGAAAAUCCUGGCCCUGGAGGCUGACAUGACAAAGUGGGAGCAGAAGUACCUGGAGGAGUGCACCAUGCGGCAGUUUGCCAUGGAUGCUGCGGCCACCGCAGCCGCCCAGCGGGACACCACCCUUAUCAGCCAUUCCCCGCGGCACUCCCCCAACAGCAGCUUCAAUGAGGACCUCCUCCUGGCCAGCCACAAGCACCAGGAGAUGGAGAACAGGUUAAAAGUCCUUCAUGCCCAAAUUCUGGAGAAAGAUGCCAUCAUCAAGGUCCUGCAGCAGCGCUCGCGGAGGGACCCCAGCAAAGCCCUCCAGGGCUCCUUGCGGCCAGCCAAGUCUGUGCCCUCUGUCUUCGCUGCCUCUGCUGCCCUGAGCUGGCCAGGGGCUGGCCAGAGUGACCGGCUGGCCGAGGGCAGCUCCCGGGGUAGCACAGCAGGCAAAGCCACCACUGAAGGUGCAGCGGCACCCAUUGCCCUCCCCCUGCCCUCCCACUCCAAGCACGGCAGCAAGGACGGCAGCACGCAGACGGACGGGGUGGCCGAGAGCAGCGGCCAGGGCGAGGGCACUGAGUGCCCGACCGAUUUGCUGGAGAGCUCGGCCACUGACAGAGCCCCGGACCUGUCUGACAUGGUGGAGAUCCUGAUUUAAGGCCACCAAGGGGCCGCACACUGGCCCCUCCACCCUCCUUGCCUGCUGCACAGGCAGAGCCAAGCUGCCUGCACCUGCCCAGGAUGGAGGAGCCUGCGGGAAGGAGGACCGAGCCUGGAGCUCAGCAGCGUCCCCGCGGCUGGUCUCAGUGGGUAACCCCCAUGCGUGAGAGGGCCACCGUCCCCGCUGGGCACCCACAUGGGUCCACAGCUGCGCGGGGCGCACUGGAGCCCAGGGACCCCGCAGUGAUGACGGGGCCUUGUGACCCCCCUGUAAAUACACCCAGGUUUUGUAUGAUGGGAGCAAAUGUUUUCAUCGUUUCAGCAUCUUCUCCUUCCCAAGGCGGGGGGGCUUCUUCCCAUCCCCUCCCUUGUCAGCUCCAUCCCCAUCCCACCUCUGGCUCUUGGCCAUCUGCACCCACCCAGGUGCUUGGCCUUCGAUUGGAAAAUCCCUCUCUGUUUGCCUGAACUGUACCCACAAGCCGAAAUCUCUGUGUGAGGGCAGAGCUUGGAGGGAUCCUCCAUGGGUCCCAUCAACCACCCCGAUCCAUGUGGCCAAGCCGAGUGCUGGGAGCCCCAAACCUCCAUCAGCUGCAUCUAUCACCUGCAUCCUGCCUCUGAGAUUUUAUCACAGGCUGGCAAGGCUCUUGGGAUGGGGUGGUGUUGAAGCAAAAGAGAAAAUGAUAAUCAAGGGAAUUAAUUUGGAGAAGAAAACCCCUUGAAACCAGAGGUGAAAUGCUCAGAGUGAACCAAGGAGGGCUGAUGGAGGCGGUGCGAUGCACGGCCCCUCCCGUGGCUUCAUCCCAUCGUCACAGCCCCCGGCUACUGGCAGCUGGCUUCUGCCUGUAGCCAGUGCCGAUGUCUCGCUCCUCCGAGCUCAGACACUUCCCAUCCUUGCCCUUGUUGUGUGUAUAUAUUUAUAUAUAUACAUAUUUUUCUUUCUUUCUUCUUUAAACAUUUGUGCAUUUGCUGGACAACUGCAUUUUUUAUUUUUCUCUCCCAGACACGUAAAAAAUGCGUUCGGUUCUCGUGCAUUGUUUACAAAGUGGAAAACAAACAAACAAAAAAUUAUGAAAGAGGAAAAAAAAACCCCACAACUUAAUAUAUUUUAUAUUAAUAUUGGUAUUUCUUUUUAAGUAUUUUUUUCAUGCUGUGAACUUUUUUUCCUGCCAAAGACGAUGAGUUCUUGUUUGUGCGUUUUAAGUUAUCUUAAGUAUUUAAACGUAAACCUGGCUGUUUCGUUAUGCCGCCCUAUACCGAGAUUGCUGUAGCAUUCCACUUGGUAUAACAAUAUUUUAAUAAAAAAACCCAAAUAUUG